ACUCCCUCCCUCACCCUCACACUAACACACGCUCUUUUUGGGUUUCCAGUCGUCUUUCUCUAAACAAAAACAAAAAUAUACUAUAAUGUCUACGAGUUCAGCAUAUACAUUGCGCAAUCCGCCCUUACCAUCUGUAACAGUGUUGCCUGACAACCGUCUUGAUAAAAAGAAGUCAUCAAUCAAUCAUAACAAAAAUCUCAAGCGACUCGGCAAUGUCGUCGAACUUAUGGAGAAGAAAAAGUUUUGGGUCGAAGCUGCCGUACUAGAUCGGUUGCAUUACAAAUACGUUAAUGCUCAUCGAUUGUUCCCUCGAUUUCGCGUUGUUGCUCAAGCGCGUCAGCUGAUUAAACGAUUCAAAUCUCUCAAGAUCGAUCAAGUAGUAACACAGUUCUAUCUGACGUUUUGGAACGCGAAAACACUGGAAAAGUGUCAAGGGCCAUGGAAUUACAUACCUACCAAAGAAUUCGCCGAGUAUACUAUGCAUCGAAUUAUUUCAGCAGUACUCGUUCUUGACAAGUUACAGGCAAUGUUGAUGAAAGCUUACAAGUAAAUAAUAAUAUCCCAGUCGAAAAAAAACCAACAACAACAAAUAAUAACUAACAUGCACUCUUCUUUUGUUACCAGCGAACAAACAAAAACAUUACGAGUCGGACAUUGGGGAGGAUUAAUGCUGGUCUAUAUGGGAAUUUUGAGUCGACUCUAUCGUAUAUCACAUACGUGGGUGAACGAGUUGCAACAAUGCUAUGAUUUGAUCC